AUGGUAAUAAGACACGGUUCAAGGUAUCCGGGAAGCUACCGGGUGAACAAGAUGAAGAAAAUGCUUGAAAAGAUCAAUCAAGUCUUCCCAAGCAAUUCUUCGAUUCAUUACAAGGGUCUUUCACUACCUUGGAACAUACCAAACGAUAUCCUGCAAGCCGCAAGCAAAGAAAUUUCGGCAUUAGGCUCCGAGGAGAUGUAUUCCAUAGCAAGACGCCUUCUUGCUGAGUUUCGUAGCGUGUUGGAACACGGAUACUCGAACACUAACUAUAGCUUUGUUGCCACCGAUAAGCUUAGAUCGAGUCAAAGCGCUGUGGCAUUUGCCCAAGGGCUGUUCGAAGGAAAAGGAAAAGUAGGUUCAGCGAAAUACCAACCAGUUGCCGUAAAAUUUUCGGGUUCUUACGAUGAUGACAGUGUUUUACGAAUCUUUGAAGCAUGUCCCAAAUGGCAAAAAAUAACCGAGAAGAAAAGAUCGCGGUCCGAGCACGCAAAAUUUCUCAACGGUCCAGAAAUGCGCGAAGUUGUGCAAAAAAUCGCUGAAAGGCUAAAAUUGCGCAAGAAAAUUUUGCUUACCCCUCAGAUGGUUGUGGAAAUGUUUUUAAUGUGCGCAUUUGGGAUUCAGACGGAUAGCGCCGAUUCAAGCUGGUGCGAGGUAUUUGAGGAAGCAGAUUUAAAAGUUCUGGAAUAUCUCAAUGAUUUGAAACUUUACUGGGAUCGGAGCUACGGCCGUAAAAUCAAUUAUAAAAUGGGCUGUCAGCUUUAUGGUGAGAUAAUAGACAGUUUUGAAGGAUUUCUUCAGUCUGGAAAGCCUCAUGGUAUAUUUCGAUUUGCUCAUACGGGAACUGUAAUUCCGCUUUUAACAAUGUUGGGACUCUACAACGAUACGAUCCCACCUACAGCAGGCAAUUUUCACCAACAAGCCAACCGAAAAUUCCGUAUUUCUGAUGUUGUACCUAUGGGAGGAAAUGUCGCCUUUUUGCUCUACAAAUGCAAUAAAGAACGUCCCGAGAACAAAAGCAAAAGCGAUACUGAAGGAGAGAGUGAUUGCGCAGGUCAUUGUCAUAUAUCUAAUAUGACAAUACAAAUGUUGGUGAAUGAAGCGCCCGUGCCAAUGCCCGCAUGUGGAGGAAGGAUGUACUGCAGGCUAAAAAACUUUCUGUCCUACUAUUCGCACAUCAAGGAUACCUGUGACAUUAGAACAAUAUGCGGCAGGCGACGAAAAUGCAAGAACAGGGGGGGACCUCAGGACUAGUUUUACUCUAGAACAGCUCGCCCCAUCCCAUGUUAGGUAAUAUCCAAAAACCUCGUUCCCAGGGUCCUUUCCUACUCGGCCCCCUCGGCGCUGUCACAGUGAUACGGACAUUCCCACGUUUUGUGCAUCCCCAUUCCCAAAACCCCAGUGAUAUGGGCAUCCGCUUCUCAUAUUGCCUUGGCGAUUUGGGUUAGAGUUAGGGUUAGGGUUACAGGGGAUGCCCAUAUCACUAGGGUUUUGGGAAUGGGGGUGCCCAAAACGCGGGGAUGCUCACAUCACUGUCACAGCGCCACAAGGACCGAGUAGAAGAGUACCCUGGGAGCUAGGUUGGUACUUCUAAGACAGUCGUGGAUUUUAGAAUCCACUCUGUGGAUUCCGGAUUGCAAGUAAACUAGGGCACGUAUCAUUUACAUGGAAAAUCCGGAAAUUCUGAAUGGCACUGUUCAAAUGGUUCGCGCCAUUCCGUUUGUGGAGCCUCAGAAAACAUGCGCUGUCCAGCUGAUUUGAAUACUCAUUGUAGCGGGUCGUUCUCCCACCACGUCAAAUUUUAUAGUUUUUUUUUCUUGUUUUUGCACACGAUUUCUUCCCGGUUGGUUUGUGUAACUGGUAAGCACCCCGGCCCUGGAUUAGGGAUUUCUUGUCAAUGGAACUUGCAUUCUGGAUUCCAUUCGUUAGGUGAAUUCCAUAUUCCAAAGCCCAGGAUUCCGGAUUCCACAAGCAAAGAAAGUCGCCGAAUCCGGAAUCCGGAUUACCUAUACAUGGGGCGAAACAUGACGAGCCAAAUCGCUCGCGGCAGCUAUGCUUGAUUCACACAAAAGGAAAUUAUUUACAUAUCGAAAACUAAGGGUAAAAGUUGACAAAAGCAGGCUCCUGACAAAAGCAGUUAGAUAAUAAUGCAUGUGAGAAUGUUCCUCCUAUAUGGCUAUAUGUUUUAAUUAACCGCGAACUGUGAUACACAAGUCAAUUUUAAGGUGACUCGACCCAGUUUUUUGGGGGAGGUACCAUCCUACUUUGAAGCUCUCUGGUAUCCCCACCUUUACUUUUAUCGUAAGUCUGACACAUAGAAUGGAUAACAUAUAGAUCAAUCUACAAUAUAACAUAAAAUUUUUGGCGAUCGGAGUAAAUGUCACGUGGUUAUAAUGCCACGCCCCUUUGAGGUCUGAGUCGAAAAUCUGCUGUUGCCGGCAUUUUUUCGUGAAAAUCUCUCGGCUACACAUAGUGCGCAUUAGUGCCUUGCGCUGAACAGAGUUUCACCAAAAUCGCAAAGACCCAAUUCGAGAAAUUCAGCGGUUUCCAAAUUUAGGUCAUAAUUUAUGCGAAAAUGAUAAGCAAACUUUACACGGAUUAUAUCUAAUAAACUAUGAGAUUCAUCUCUUUAUUUUGGGCAUCGUUAUAACAGAUGGGUCCUUGCAAGUCAGCAAAACGCUUUAGGGCCUUGUAAAUGCGCGCGAUUUCGAGCAAAGCAAACAUAUAGAAAUUAUAGUUUUCGCUAUUUGUUGACGUUUGUCAGCGUUUAAGAGUCCUUCUCACGAAAAAAGCAUUUUCUUAAAAAUUCGUAGUUUUUUUUCCUUCAAAUUUUUUCAGGGCCACAAUUGAUUAACUAACUACCCGGACUCUGAAUUUCAUGGUCAUUGAAAAACUGUGACAUUAUCUUCUAUAAGCCCAAACUUGAGUAAACAUUGAAGAUUUUUAGCGUUUUGGCUGAGUUUGUGCUUUGGGAGUUGUCUAUUGUUUCUAGUCUGUCAUUAUACAGCAUUCUUGUUCAGCACGCGUGCAAUGACCACGCUUGGCUGACUUCCGAAUGCUCACCGAGAUAUUCCCGUCACGAGUUGGUUUAAUUAUUGGCGUGCAUUAAACCUAUCAAAAAAUGAUAUUUUUGUAAUAGUUAGUAGAUUUAGUGUGUAGCACUUCUUGAUUUUUUUGCAAAGGCACAAGAAUUGAUUAAAAAUUGUUAGUUAGACCUCUAUGUAUCAUGCGAGUGCGACUCCCUGGCUUUACGAACUGAGUCACGUGAAGAAUGAAUUUUCUCGCGUGGGAUUAACUCGGCAUGUCAGUAUGAGAAUGGUUAGAGUGAGAGAGAAAGUGUUCAGAAACAUUAGUGGGUUUAGACUUAAUGUUAGUUUUGUCAACUGCACGUCUGUGUUCGUUCAAUCUGUCCUUGAGGCGUCGCUUAUUUUCACCUCUAUAUUGUAAAUUACAACGGUUACAUUGAACCAUGCAGAUCACGUGUUUCACUUUUACAAGUAAUGUGGAAGUGAUGGAGCGUGUUUCACCUGUAGCGUAAAAAGUAUAACUUGUGAGGCGGUUAGUAAUGUAUGAACAAGUGGCACAAUUGACUCUUGAACCUAAUGGCCUAAACCGCCGUGACGAUAUCCUUGUUAUUUUUUCUUUUCUAGUUUUUUUGGUGUUGUACGUCAUUUCCGCCUCUCGAUCUCUUUUAAACAAUCCGUUAUUGCGACAUUCUCCAUCUACGUAAUAUUGUGAUUCCUACAAAAGUUCAUUAGCAUCUGUAAACCUGAAGAAGGCGGGUAUCGCCAGCCGAAAUAUUGGUAUGAAAAAACAACACACGUUGUUCUGAAUCAGCUUUGCAGUAGUCUUUGGACUUCUCGCUUUUAGUCCAUGGGAUAAAAUAUACGUGAGGAAAACCGCUGAACAGGGCCACUGCUGACACUUAAUUGAGCCUCAAGGUAGAUUUCAUCUCAAUUUUUAAAGAAAAAAACUUAUGUGAACUCAUAAAAGUAAUUUAAUAACCAUAGCAAAAUCCUAAAUUUAAUCAUUUUUUCAAUGUUUUUCCUUAUAUAAUACAUCGUAAUUUUCUAAACUAUGAUCGGGCCAUAAGUUUCUUAAAAUAUCUAAAAAAAUAUCCGGAUAUUUGUAGCUAGGCCUACUUCCUAGCUACACGAUGGAAGACUGAUGUCGUAUGUGUUCCUGUUAACAUUUUUUUUCGCUGCCGCUCAUUAGUCAUUUUCACCUUGCUAGCAUCUCUCAUCUUUUCACCGCCGCUAUAAAAUUUUCACGUUUUGGUCUCUUUGUUUUUAUCUCUCGCUCCAGCUCUUUCUCUGUUAUCUACGUUAAGAAAGACAUUAAAAUUCAGUCGAAAGAAAGAAUCAUCUUUAUUGUUGUUGUAUUUCUUCUCUGUAAAAGUCCGGGUAGCCAUGCGACUUAACGGGAGGGUGAAACGCCCGCGUCGGCUUGAAAUGCAAAAUUUCACCGCGGCUUGCAUGAAGGGCCCAUGAAGGUCAUGAAGGGCUGGAUCAGACGUACAACGUUUACCUCAUUCGUAUUUUCUCUAAUGAUAAUAAUAAAGUAAACAAGGAAAAGAAAUUGAAAAGUGUGCUUAUUGCUGGCCAUUUUUAGCCGCAGCUAGCAGUCAACCAAAUUAAAUUGCGGAAAUAAAUGAUAAAAGAAAGCAUUGGAAAAUACAAAGAGAACCGCUUAAAAUCUAAACUUUUCCAAUUUUUUUUUUAAUUUUGAAAAUGGCCUGGUUUCUGGGAAACUAGCCUGCGAACACAGACGUAUUUCCAGUCGUCGCCUCUCUCCAGCGUUUUUCCGCUCGAGAGAAGCGACGACCGGAAAUACGUCUGUGUUCGCUGGGAUGGGGUGAUAUUGGACGGAUAUUGGACGUGAUAUUGUUGAUGGUGUGACCAUGAGCACGUGAAAACGAAACAGGAAAAACCGGUUCUGCCUGGUUGUGAUGACGAUAUUAACACGUGACGAAAUUUUCCUUUAUAAACGAAAGCCGCCUCAUUACGGCAUCACUUUCAUGGCGGAAAGUGGUGUGAAUGUUUCUUUUGUGGGACCUUACGAAAACAGAACUUUUGCCGGUUUUACGCACUUUUUUCGUUAUAUCACGCAAUAUUGAACAGCCCAGGUAAGUUGGAACAUUCUUUUGUUUGUCCCCGUCAAGUUUUCCUCGUCCAACCCCGCAAAGAUUCGUUUAACGUAGAGUUGACCUUUGUAUCUUCGAAUGCUGCCGCCGAGGCUUUCAGGAAACAGUGUUUUCAUAAAUUUAGAAAAGCACAUACUUCUUUUUAUUGGGAAAUGAUUAUUUUGUACAGUUCUUUCUGUGGUUUUUAGUUCUACAGUGAGAGAAUUCGUGUCCAGGUUUACUAAGCUCAAGCUUGAGAUUCUCAGAACUUCAUCCAAUUUUAUUUUAUUUUCGCGCGGUUUCAGAGCGGAAAUAUAUGUACCGUAUUUCUACUUCGAAUAUUUUGUUGAUAUGAAAGGCGCAAGGAUUUUUUACCUGACAGAAGUUAUUCCGCUUUCUGCUUUUAGUACAAGUGGAAAUCUAAAAAGUUAUUACGAAAGACGCAACCGAAAUUUUUAUGCUAACAAUUCUUGGUACCACCACAGGUAGCCCAAGCUCGAAAUAUGAGCAUCGGCGAGCAUCGGCAUUGUUGCGUAACAUUCAAAAUAUAAGGAUUUGUAUGGGAAAAAAAACUUUCGUUUCUGUAACCUACGAAAAUGAAAGGAUUUUAAAAAAAAAACAGCUUACCUUACUUAAAAUGUGUGUUCAAUCUCUCCUGUGUGGUCCACGGGCCGAUUUAUGGCCGUUUUAUGGGUUUUUAUGUUAACGGUUUUCUCUCUAUAUAAAGGUUUACCAAGGUUGGGCACUCCAGCGAAGCGGCUCGACUGAUCCACCGAAGGAAAACGGCCGUAAAUUCGCUCCAACUGUUCCAAUCGCCUCCAAAUUCCGCCUAGGUAACACACGAUAGUUCUCCUUUCCAUUCGUUACCUUGCUUCAAGACGCCUUUGCACCGAGAGCGAAUCAAAGGUCGCCAAUCUCUGCAAACCUUCCCGAUUGAAGCCAUCGACAGAGGCUCGGGAUGAGCUCCGCGUUACCCAAACGGUUGAAAGAUAGCUUAGCGACCCGGCCUGAGAUUCAAAUUACUCACACUCGGGGUGGGAGACAGUCUCUUGCUCCCGUUCACAUCAAUACCCUUGGGCCCGACCCUCGCAAAGGCUAACUUGCACGCAUUGUUCUCAUUGACCAAUCGGAGCUCAAACUGGCGAAAUUUGAAUUUCAAAACAAAGUACGGAAUCGGAAUCGUACAGAUUCUGUAGUUUGCGAAAUGAAAAUCUGUAGUUUGCGAAAUGAAAAUACUCUGGAGAAUGCCGACUUCAAAUUCAGCGUGAACAACGAAGGAGAAGACGUCAACAAGAAACCGCGGAGCAGAAGAAACAUCGCUUAGCACUGUUAGCACAGCAAAGGCAACGCCGACAACAAGAGGCAGAUGGAGGAAUAGGAGAUUGGAAUCAGAGGCAUUAUGAUCGUUUUCCACUGUCGAAAACCCAGUUUUCUUAGUUUGCCGGCUUCCCCGCCGAUAUAUAGAUCAAAGUCUGCAAAGUUCCAGCUCUGUAUUACGGCCCGAAGAAUAAUAAUUUUCGGGCGAACUCCGAUCCACCGGGCCAUAUAUAUUUUUUCUUUGUUUUUUUGUUUUUCUAAAUCCGGACGCUAAAUGCUAAAUCUGCUUUUCAAUACGCUGUUAACAAUAACACCACAUAAUACGCAAAAAAGAAGAAGAAGAAAAAAAAGAACAACGUAUGGACCUUUAAGACAAUCUUCGCGGUGGGUCACCCAUCCAGUUCGUAACCCCGACUGACAGGGCUUAACUUGAGCGCCUGAGCUUAAGUUAAACUUUUCUGGGCGAAACAGCUUUUUGGGGGGAAUUUUCUGUUUAGAAUAUCCGAGUAGACGCAACGAGAAUAGACUACGAGUAGUCCCCCAUUUUUCCUACAACUACAGAUUUUCAUUUCGCAAACUACAGAAUCUGUACGAUUCCGAUUCCGUACUUUGUUUUGAAAUUCAAAUUUCGCCAGUUUGAGCUCCGAUUGGUCAAUGAGAACAAUGCGUGCAAGUUAGCCUUUGUGAGGGUCGGGCCCAAGGGUAUUGAUGUCAACGGGAGCAAGAGACUGUCUCCCACCCCGAGUGUGAGUAAUUUGAAUUUCAGGCCGGGUCGCUAAGCUAUCUUUCAACCGUUUGGGUAACGCGGAGCUCAUCCCGAGCCUCUGUCGAUGGCUUCAAUCGGGAAGGUUUGCAGAGAUUGGCGACCUUUGAUUCGCUCUCGGUGCAAAGGCGUCUUGAAGCAAGGUAACGAAUGGAGAGGAGAACUAUCGUGUGUUACCUAGGCGGAAUUUGGAGGCGAUUGGAGCAGCUGGAGCGAAUUUACGGCCGUUUUCCUUCGGUGGAUCAGUCGAGCCGCUUCGCUGGAGUGCCCAACCUUGGUAAACCUUUAUAUAGAGAGAAAACCGUUAACAUAAAAACCCAUAAAACGGCCAUAAAUCGGCCCGUGGACCACACAGGAGAGAUUUAACACACAUUUUAAGUAAGGUAAGCUGUUUUUUAUUGAAAUCCUUUCAUUUUCGUAGGUUACAGAAACGAAAGUUUUUUUUCCCAUACAAAUCCUUAUAUUUUGAAUGUUACGCAACAAUGCCGAUGCUCGCCGAUGCUCAUAUUUCGAGCUUGGGCUACCUGUGGUACCACCUUGUUCGUUUCGGUCGAAAAAUAAACGUUUUCUGAGUCGCUGGGCCGCUUGGAAUGAUUUGCUAUAGGAGCGCGUCUUGGACCACUGUGGAAACUUUGGAAUUUCAUUGGAAUUUCUGAGCUUGUUCGAUCAGCGAAUAUUUUAUUGCAUAACAUCUCAAUUUGUUUAUUUCAAGCGUUUUGUUUAUAUCCGGUAACUUAAUUACCGUAUGCAUGAUUAAGGCCAGUUUGUAGACCGCAUUGAAGAAAUAAUUGUUGACCAGAGUUCUUUCAUACAUCUUCCUUGCCGCAGUUUGAUUUUGUUGCAUUGGAUUAAAAGAAUAUGGCUCUUCGUGGAUGUACAAGAAAAGUCUCAAGUUUUCUCCAAGUUCAAAGCAGGUGUCUGAGGAAAUCGAUAAAAACACAGCCUUCUUUUUCAGGUAAUGCCUAUAACUUACAUCAUUUAUCAUUUUGUAGGCAAAAUGGUGGUUUGCUGUUUAGGUAUUAAGAGGAUUAUUAUUCUUCUGACUCUUUGUGUAUGCAGAGGACCAAAAAAGUCCAAACUUAUGACAUAACAUCUUGGCUUUAAAUGAAGUUUCUUAUAUUGUUCUUGUACCUUUAAUCAAAUGGACAACUCCGAACUGGCUAGUGAAAGUGAAAAACUGUCAGAAUGUUGACUUUCAAUUUACUUUGUUGGAUUUGGCAUCAUCAGUUAAAAGUUUGUUUCUUGCUUGGUUUUUGAAAUCGCUUUACUUUAGUACUUAUAACUUGUACUUUAGCACUAGCUUUUAUCUGAUUGGAAAACUUGUGUAGUUUUACAAACUACCUGUAGAUUGGAUUAAGGUCAGUCUUGUGUCAGUAUCAAUCGCCAGUGCAAGUUGUCAUCACGUUUGAAGUGUGCAACAUGACAUGAACUUAAUAGACCUUGUCAUGGUUUUCGACGCCAUCUUGACGAGUAGGCAAACGCGUGAGAAAUUACAGUGUUUGUAUGAGAAUCUAAUAUCGGAUAAUUUCCGUAAAACGUCUGUUCUGAAAAAAAAUAUCAAUUAUAAACUUAAGCUACAAUGCAAAGGAUUGUCCUAAAAAAUUUUGGGGGCGUACCUGUGCUUAAAUUUUUCCAGAGGCUUGGUUUAGAUUUUCCAUAUAUUUGUCUGUAAUUUUCCCGGGACUUUCUUACAGACAAAUGUAUAGAAAAUUUAAAAAAGUGGUUCUAGGUCUUCAAGUGAAUGUAACGCCCUCAAAUUUUUUCAGGAGAAUCCUUAGGAGUGAAGCUUUAGUUUACAAGUCAUAUUGUUUUCAGAAUAGCCGUUCUACGGAAAUUAUUCGAUAUUAGAUUCUCAUACAAUCAUUGUAAUUUCUCACGCGUUUGCCUACUCGUCAAGAUGGCGUCGAAAACCGUGACAAGGUCUAUUUAGCCUUGGGGUAAAAGCUGGAAAAUUCUUAAAAAUUGCCAGAAAGGAAAAAUAAUAUAUGCACUGGGAAUAGCUCCAUUAGUCAAGUGGGCAGGGUUUUGGUUAAAAAAAAAUUAUAGUUAGACUUCUGCCUAAACUCACAAGCCAGCAGUUCUAAAACCAAGAUGUCAAAGAAAAAAUUCAUACUCUAUACAAGAACCAGCUAGCCAGAUCCACUAUGCAAAUAUUAUGAAAAAUGAAAUAAUAAUGGUAGGGGCAUUUAUUUCAGAAAAUAGCACUGUUUGUGAGUAGUCUGUGAAGCCAAAUUCAAUGUUGCACAUGUCUGUCUAAAGCUAACCUGUUUACCUUUUGAUUUGUAGGCUUGUCAGCUCAAUGUGUGUGGCAUGAAAGCCUGGGGUUUGGUUCAAACAAUGAUGGAAGACUUGUACUUGUAACAAAGAAUUCAGAGUAGGUUGAUGAAUUUUUUGGCUAACAAUAUUUUUGAUCAUGUGUGCAUUGUACAUUGUUGUGAAAGUUUCAUUUUUCUUGGUUUACUGCUAGUCUCAGGACGAAGUGAAACCAAUAUUAUUGGUCAGGUUAAAGAACUAUAAUAAGUUUAUGAUUAAACUAAUAUGUUAAAUGACCUUUUUAAUGUCAUAGGAAAUAUUUGUCAAUGGGAUUUUUCAGUAUUGUUUUGGCUAUAUUAGAGAGAUUAAGAUUCACGUUUAUGCCAAAUGGCCAACCCGAAUUUGUACCAUGUGACCAAGUUUUUCCCUAAUUGUCUUUAACUGUUUAUUACUUCAACUAAAAAAUAAGUAGUUUCACGCCAGUUUUAUACAUAAGAAUUUUCUGGACAGUUUUUAUCUGCUUAUUUUCUAUUCUGAGAAAUUUUCAACUUGAAUCUGAUGUUUACCGUUUGGCAUAAGCAUGAAUCUUAAUGUCUCCAUUAUCCAAAUGGAGCAACAUGUUGCUUCCCCACCAAGGAUGCAUUUUCUACCACAUGAUGUCACACAGUUUGCAGGUGAAGCAUGGAAGAGCUAACAACUCUGUGUGUGGGAUAUUUUUAAAGCAAACAACUAUUCCGUACCAAAAAGCCUUUAACAGAGAAAAGCAUCAGUUCCAAAUAUCCCAAUGCAGAUAAGGCACAAGUAGAAGUGGAAUUGAAGAAUAAAAAUAUUGGGGGCAAAAAAAGGGGAAAGCAAACUUUGGCUUUCUCGUAAACAGUUGCAAAUUUCUUAGACUUACAUUGCAUUGCAUCACAUGGUUAGCAGAUCAAGCCCUGGUAAAAAACUAUUAAUUUUUAAGUAGUAAAAGUAAAAACACUUAAUGCAAUUUUUGUUUCAGUUGCACUUUAAGUGUAAUAAAGGCUUACACUAUGAUGAGUUUUGGCCAAGUUUUAUCAAGUUAUGUUGAAAGGAAACGAAGUGCUUCAGCAAAUGUGGAGCUUUAUAACAGCUCUUUAGAACAUAUUUUUGGUAAUAGAAAUUCAGCUUAAAGAUUGCUUGUCGGUGGCAGUGCUCAAGUUUUCUCAAAAUAAAUUCUUUCUUUCUUUUUGGUGCAAUUCACCUACUUCACAACAGUGUAACUUAAUAGGCAAGAUCAAUUCUUAUUUUUGACUCCUAACAUCUAAAUUUUCUAUAUUACAUCUAUCUGUUUUCUUCUAAUUGGUACAAUCUGAAUAUAUUUCAAUGUUACUAAUUUGUUUUUCUACAAUGUUUUCAAGCAAUAACUGCUUCAGGUUGCAAUUUCUCACAGAAUUUUUUCACUUUAAAACUUUUUUAGGUAAACCAUGGUAUGUUACAACCUUCCUGAACAAGAUCCCCAGAGGAGAUAAAAUAAAAAUAAUCCAGACAACAUUGUAAAUUAGAACACUUUCUCUUGGAGAUUGUAAAGCCAUGAGCAGGGUUUUUAGUAAGAGCAUAAAGUUCUUUACAAAUUUAAUAAUCCCAAAAUCAUUAUAACUUCAUGAAAACAUACUACUCAAAUUACCGGUGACAUUCUGCAUGAAAAUGUGCAAAUCAAAUCUGGACUGUGUUUGUUUUGAGGAAAAUGUAGAACAGGGUUACAGAGGGUUUACACCAAGAACAAUGCACUUAAAAACAACCAGCACUUAGAAAAAGCCCUGCACCGCUUUUAAUACUACCUGAUCAUUGCUGUCAGGAAAGUUUGUAGAUCGUGAUAACACUAUAAUGUUGAAUUUUUAUAAAGUUUGAGCAUUUUUCACCUCAAGUUUUUUUCCGAAGAGCUUUGUAAAUGAACAGUCUUUUGUAUUUGUGCGGUAACAUACGUAAUGUAUUACUUGAAAAGUGCACUUGCUGUUUGUUGCUAUUCAAAAUGCAUGUAAGAUAGGGUGAACUUACAUUUCUUUUCCAAAUAUGGCACCAUGCAUCAAAUGGUCAUUUAGUUUUCUUGAAAAGUUGCUUGUUAGUCAUAGGGGACUAACCCCCUGUCUUGAUGUGUACUUUUUAAAAGGCAAAUUUUGGAAGGAGAAUCUCUACCUGUAGCAGUUUAUCAGAAGUCACUUGAAGCAUUAUUUUAUCAACUUAUAUUUUGACUUUGCUGUUAUCCAAAACAUGUUGAUGUAAAUUUGAUUAGUACUAAAUUGAAAGUGGGUCAAGGCACUGUUAUGAGGGUGUAAGGUAAGUAUGUUGUGCUGUAAUUAACAACCUCUUUGGGUAUAUUUGCAAGAAUCAUUAAUUUGGAUUGGUCAUUUCGACUGAGUCACGAAUAAUAAUUUUGUUAAGUUUCUAAUUAUCGCUGUCUAUAUAUUUUUGUUGUGAUUAGAUGAGCUAUUGUUGUUCUGCAGAAUAAUGACAGUGUAUUUCAUUGGUAUAUUUCGUGAUGGAGGUUGUUAUACUAUAAAGGUCACUUGUACUACCAUUAAUACUGUAGUUAUAUGCUUUAAGGCCUGCAAGCACUGCUUGUUGAAGGCCAUCUGUUAUGUGGUGCUGACCUGUAAUUAUCAACAGGCAAUGCACUGAUGGUUAUGAUUACAACAAGCUCUUUGGUCCUCCACCUGAAGCAGAACAAUUAGUCAGAUUAUCAUCAUUGAAACAACCAUACAUUGACAGGGACCUUUGGAGAGAAGGUCGUACAUUACAAGGUAUUAAAGGGUUUUAAUCUUGUUUGGUGGGGAGGAGGAGUAAAACAACUAAUUAGCCAAAAUUUUAAUAAUAAAAUAACUCUACAAUAAUAACUCAAUUAUUUUUACUAAUAUUGACUAUAAUAUUAAAUAUAUUCAUCUUUUAAUAUUCUCAAAAACUCAUUUUAUCUUUGUGCACUCCUUCAGUUUUGUACAUCUUUUUCAGUCUUAUUUUUUUGGUAAUAGCUGCUAAUUAUUACUUUAUUGAUAUUAAUAAAUAUUUAAUAUAUUUAAAUAUAUUAUAUAUAUAUAUUAAUAUAUUUUUAUAGUAAACUUUCCCUUUGCAUGUUUAGGAAGGUAAGCAAAUUGUUACCUCCUCCCUGCAUAGGGUAGAAAAUAAAUUUUGCUUGGCUGUGCAUUACAACAGCACAGCAAGCCUCAUGAGAGUGUUGGGUGGUGUCAAAGGAUAGUGUGUGUGCAAGAAGUCCCGUCUUGUCAUCGGUGGCUUUUUGACAUGUCCCUUCCCCCCUGUUUGUUUUGCUAAUAUUGCUUGCCUCCUGCAGGUAAUGCCCCUUGGGCAAGACCACUGCUUCCUCGUCGUGGUGGUUAUUCCGCAUGUUUUUCAUCCCUUGCUGGUGAUGGGCAGAGCUCUGGGUCAUCUGCAUCUGCUGACUCCCUUGAUCCAUCUCUUAUCAUAUUUGACAAGGAUGGGACCUUAAUUGAUGUUGAUUCUGUCUGGAUACCAUGGAUGGAGAGCUAUGUACGUGAACUUGAAGCAGCAACUGGGCUGGAUCUGGCAGACAAACUGUACCAACAAGUGGGGUUCUGUCCGAAGACUCGCGCUUACACGGAUGGAGGUCUGCUGGCCCAUGCUACUAUAGCUGAAAUCAUGAAAGUAUUUGUCUCUGUUCUAGUCGACUGUGGUGUGAACAGAGACAGAGCAGAGAAGCUGGUCAACAACUGUUGUAAGGAGUUUGAUAGUGGAAGUCAUGACACGCUACAACCCUUGGGUGAUUUGCCACUCAUUUUUGAAACACUAAGGGCAAAGGGGGUGAAGACUGCUAUAUGCACCGCAGAUAGCCGGGAGGGCACUAUGUCAGCUCUUGACAGGUUAGGACUGAUGGAAAUGGUUGAUAAGAUUGUAUGUGGAGAUGACAAAGAUACAAAGCCCAAACCCCACCCUGAAACUGCUCUUGAAAUUUGCAAAGAGUUGAAUGUCUGCCCAACACAGACUGUUAUAAUCGGGGACACAUAUGCUGACACCACAAUGGGUCGCUCAGCAGGGCUGGGCCUUACUGUUGGUGUGCUCAGUGGGGCAGGUAGUAAGACAUUCCUUGAAAAGGAGGCUGAUGUUGUCCUCAACAAUGUGGAUGAGCUCCUUGAUACAUUAUUUCCAGAAGAGUCUUCUUAAGUCGAUUCUCCUUUCUUUUUGAGGGAAUUUGGGUAAGUGAUCCUUUAAAUUCAUUUUCAGCUUGGUGUUAUUUUUCCCUGUUGAUGUAGAUAAUAAUAAUUUUUUAACUUGAUGGUUAUUGUAUAGGAUACAUUUAGAUGUAAUAAUUUACAUGUUGUAUAUUAUAACCGUUUGUCAUUUGACAUCUAGGGUGGGUGGCCAUGUUUUCAGUAUGAAAUGAGUGUUAGCUAUAGGUGGAAGUUAGCCUGCAUCACAGACGUAAUCUAUCCCUGUUAGUAAUGUCUGCGAAGUAGCACCAAAAUCCUUUUUCUGGGACCCAAAUGGACUUAAUGAAUUACUUAAAAUGCGUUUUGAAUUUCCCUUUAACCUGAUCGUAAAAGCAACAAUAAUUUGUUAAAAAGCUGAACGUGCUACAUACCUAGAUCAUCGUACACAGGUGGGAACCCAGAGAAAGGAUUUGUUGCUGGUUCCCAGACGGACUUUACCAGAGGUUUAGUUUUGUCUGUGGCAUAGGCUAGUUACAAGUGAAAUUCAAAAUCUUUCCUUAGUUACAUUGUCGAUUGAUAGUAAAAACUCAUAUUUAUUUAACACAAGGCCUUUCAUGUUACAUGGAAUAGAAAUAAAAAUAUUUAUUGUCAUUUUACUAUACUUUAAUAUUUGCCAAUUUCAUAGUACUCAUCUGCAGUAUUCAUUGGAUGCAUUUGCAACGUAGCAUGUUGCAUAUACACCUGUAUCCAUAACAUUUUUUGCCAUAUGGAAUUUCUUAUUGUUUUCAUGCUUAAAGCAAAAACUGCUGUAAUGCAAAUGAACAGGCUUUCAUUCUACAGCAGUAAGUGUUUACAUAACUGGACAGUGCAUGAGGAUUAUAUUGUAAUCUAGUCUGUAUGGUUUUAUACAUGUUAAUAUGUUAUAAGUCCUUGCAAUAUUAAACCAUUAAGCUAUUUUUAUUUCAACUUUUUACAAUCAGUAACUUAUUCAUAUUAUAUAACAAAUUAUUAUUAUUAUUAUUAUUAUUAUUUAUUAUACUGUGCCGCUGUUUUUUUUUUCCCUGGUUUGGAAUCAAGGAAAUUUUCGGUUAACUGAAAGAUUUUUGUGAUGUUCAAAUGAACUGUGUAGAUAAAAAUUGAUUUUGAAAUGAAUUUACAAAAGUACCCAUGUGAAAAUAUCUAACCUUUAGAGCAGUUUUCAACUAAGUUUCAAGGCUUACUUUGCCUAAUUAUGUUUCAAAUAAAAAUUAUUACAUUAUUAGCCCCUGCAGUUACACUAUUUAAACCAACCUUCUUGCAUAAGUUUUCCUAUGCUUGGCCAUAGACUGCAAGAGCGGCAACAGUGUUAGGGCAUACUUGCAGAGUAGGAGAAAAAAGAGCAACACAGUCAAAAGAUAAGUAGUCUCCUUUGUAGCCUUUAUUAGGGUCGUCAAGUAAGUGAACAUGCACUAAAAGAGUCUUGGUUGGCUGGGGCUUCUUUUGCCUCCUACAAUUUUCAUUUUUUGGUUUAACUGGUUUUCCGUUUUGCCAGCAUAAUAAUGAUAUUUACAUUGACUGCUACUUAUCAACCUCUCAUAACUAAUCGGUGGCUUGUAAUGUCUUGUUAUGCUGUUGCCUAAGUGCAGUUAAUUUAGACAUAUUUUCCAUGGGUUACUCCCACUACACUGGUGUGAAUCUUGGGUGUAAUAUGAUAAUGGUGAAUUUUAGGGGAGUUGUCAGCUCCUUGAGUAUCUGUCAUCCGUUUUAUGGUUUGUCAGGUGCAAUUAAUAGUGUGUACAUAUAUGAUAUUCUUUUUUUAGAAAAAGAAAGGACUAGAAAGAAAGCAAACUAAAGGAUCACUAUUUAUUGCCCCAUGGCCACUUCACUGUAUUGGCGGCAAUUGAAAAUUAAGACUCUCAGAACUGGUAAAUAGUUAGACUUGAAGUAAAUUAGAUAAGGCAGGUUGUAUGCUGAAGGCUAUUACCUUAAAUUUUUAAACAUUUGUACCUCUGAAUCACUUUCUUAUUAAAACGUAUCUCUCUAAAUGACAUUUUGUAAAUGUUGUCCCCACAUUACCAAAGAUACAAAGGCACAAGGUUCUCUGCUGCCUGGCUAAGCUUUUUAGCGAGGGAUGGGAGGAACAGAAGGCACGAGGAAGGUUAGGUCUGAUCUUUUCUCCUUUCCCUCCUUGAAGGGCCGUUCACAGGCUAGAAUCUUGGACAUGAGACUAGAGAUUUAGUCCCCGUCUCCCUACCCAAAUCAAAGAUGGGAAAAUGGUGCGUUUUGGCCUUCGCUCUGGCGUU